AGAGAGAGAGAGAGCUAAACCCAGUGCAAUAAAAUAAACCGGGCAGGCUCGGAGGAGUAGCAAAACUGAGCCAUGGAAUAACGCUUUGGAAGUUCUUCCCCCCCCCCCCACCUGGUGGGCGCCAAGGCUGGAGAGACGGCUUGGUUGCCGAGUUCAUUUUCGGUGGGGGUGGAGGUGGGUGGCCGCCUGCCAGGAAGGGGGAAGGCCCAGAAGCGGGAAUCCAGACGGCGAAGGCACAUGAAACGGACAACCCUAGGAAGCCGGUGGUAAAAUAUACAACGCCCAAGGGAGGCUCUCUGCUCUGGAAAGAAAGAAACGUGGAGGAGGCCAAGAGGCGCAUACUUUGCUCUUGCCGUCCGACUGGAAAAGCUUGAGCGGUGGGAGUCUGGCUGCUGAGCACCAGGGCUUUCUCAUUCCCUUCCUGAAGGGUGCAGAGCAGCGCUGAGCCCCUUUCUGUUUUGAUCUCUUCGCUUUGUGGUGCUGUGACUGCUUCUGCUCUCUGGACUGCUGUCUGCCCACCCACCCACCCACUGUGCCCCCUGGGACUCUGGCUCCGCGAGAGGCAAGGGGAUGAACUCGGUCCUGACCAAGUAUGGCUCCCCCCCUCGCACCUGGCUCAAUCUGCGCUUGGGAACAAAUGAGCGGACCGUGACGGAGGAGAAGGAGAAAGUAUUGUACUGCCAAAAUCCCAACUGUGUGGAGAAGCGGCGAGCCACAAAGGUAUGCCACCACGCCGAGUGCCAGCAGCUGAACCACAACAGCCCCCUCCACUUGUGUGAAGCGUGUGACGGACGCUUCCACGGUGCCAUGCAUUUUGACGGGCACAUCCGCUUCGACCUGCCGCCACAAGGUUCUAUCCUGGCCCGGAACGUCUCCACACGGUCGUGCCCACCACGCACCAGCCCCGCCUCAGAUGUGGAGGAGGAGGACGAAGGGCUGAUUGACGGGAAAGGGGACAGGAAGAGCUCAGCCUUGAAGCUGCCAAAGAAGAAGGCUCGCAGGAGGCACACAGACGACCCUAGCAAGGAAUGCUUCACCUUGAAGUUUGAUCUGAACGUGGACAUUGAGACGGAGAUCGUGCCAGCCAUGAAGAAGAAGUCCCUGGGUGAAGUGCUGCUGCCGGUUUUUGAGAGGAAGGGAAUCGACCUGUCUAAAGUGGAUAUUUACCUGGACCAGUCCAACACCCCCCUCUCGCUCAACUUCGAGGCAUACCGGUUUGGAGGACAUUACCUUCGUGUGAAAGCCAAACCUGGGGAUGAACUCAAAGUGGAGCAGGCGGUGAAGGACUUCAAGUCGCUGAGUUUGCCUAUCCUCCGUCCUGCGGGCACUGGCCCGUCCUUCCCCAGCACCCCCUCUCUCGACCGCCUGGAGCAGUUGUCGCUUCGGAGGGAGAGUAGCGACAUCCUGGCCCCUGGAAGACAAAGGAAGAACAUGAAUGAGUUUUUGGGGGACGCCAGCAUCCCGAGCCACGACCCCCUGCAACCCUCCAGCGCCUCCUUGCCCAGCAAUGGCAUCGACACGUGGAAGAACCGGGCUGCCAGCCGCUUCAGCGGGUUAUUUGGUUCUGGCAACAGUGCCAGCCCCUUCACGCGGGAGAUGGACAAGAUGGAACAGCUGGAAAGCAGGCUUCACUCCUACAGCCACUUUGGCCUCCCCAAAUUCCCCCAGCAGCUCCGCUUCGAUCAGGAUUCCUGGGAAGAGGAGGAGGAGGAUGACGAUGCCGCCCUGUGCCUGGAAGACAGCUGGCAGGAGAUCAUUGAGGGCACAGAGGUUUUGACACGCCGGCAAUGUCACCAGCAGGAAGCUAUUUGGGAACUGCUGCACACAGAAGCCUCCUACAUAAGGAAACUGAAGGUCAUCACAGAUCUGUUCCUGUGUUGCCUGUUGAACUUGCAGGAAUCGGGGCUGCUUUGUGAGGUGGAAGCUGAGCGUCUUUUCAGCAACAUCCAGGAAAUCAUUCAGCUGCACCGUGCUCUCUGGAGAAGCGUCAUGGCCCCCGUUUUGGACAAGGCCAGGACCAGCCGGGCUCUGCUAGACCCCACGGACUUCUUCAAGGGCUUCAAGAUGUUUGGCUCCCACUUUAAGCCUUACAUCCGCUACUGCAUGGAGGAGGAAGGCUGCAUGGAGUACAUGAGGAACUUGUUGCGGGACAAUGAACUGUUUCGCAUCUACGUCACGUGGGCCGAGAAGCACAAACAGUGCAAUCGGCUCAAGCUGAGCGACAUGCUGGUGAAGCCUCACCAGCGCCUCACCAAAUACCCUCUGCUGCUGAAGUCGGUGCUUAAGAAGACGGAAGACCCCCACACCCGGGAGGCCAUCAUCACCAUGAUCAACUCGGUGGAGCGCUUCAUCAACCACAUCAACUCGCGCAUGCGCCAGAGGCAGGAGCAGCAGCGCCUGGCCAGCAUCUUGAGCCGCAUCGAUGCCUACGAGGUGGUGGAGGGAAGCACUGAUGAAGUGGACAAGAUCCUGAAGGAGUUCUUGCGCCUGGACCUGACAGCCCCCAUCCCAGGGACCUCCGCCGAGGAGACGCGGCAGCUUCUGCUGGAGGGAAGCCUUAAAAUGAAAGAAGGCAAAGACAGUAAGAUGGAUGUUUACUGCUUUCUUUUCACGGACCUCUUCCUCAUCACCAAACCGGUGAAGAAGGCCGAACGCACAAAGGUCAUCCGCCAGCCAUUGCUGGUUGACAAGCUGGUGUGCCGUGCGCUCAAGGAUCCUGGUUCCUUCCUGCUGAUCUACCUGAACGAGUUCCGGAGCGCGGUGGGAGCCUACACCUUCCAGACCAGUGGGCAGUCUCUGUGCCGGAGCUGGAUCGAGGCUGUCUGCAACGCCCAGAACAAGUUGCAGCACCUCCGUCUGCAGGAGCACCAGCGCAGCCAGCAGCAGCUGCAAAGCCUUGAGGAAGAAGAGGAGGAGGAAGAAGAAGAAGAGGAAGAAGAGGAGGAAGAGGACGGGGAGAGUGGCACCUCGGGAGCCAGCUCCCCCACCAUCCUCCGCAAGAGCACCAACAGCUUGGACUCACAGCAGUGCCUCUCUGACGGCUCCACCGAGACCAUUUCCGUGGUGGUGGUGGAUGCCAGCGAGGGCCCCCCUUCCCCCGACUUCGAGGUGGGUCCCUUCAGCUCCCAGUCCGAUGAAGCGUCCAUCAGCACCACAGCUUCCUCCACAACACCCACCAUGGAACUGGGCGAUGCCCUCCCUGCCAGCACUGCCAACCACUGCCUCAAACCGGAGUCCGGGUCAUGCCGGUCGGCCUCCAUCGACAGCGCCUAUGGCACCCUGUCGCCCACUUCCUUCCAGGAAUUUGCAGACCAACAGCAGCGGCAGCAGCAACAGCAGCAGCAGCGGCAACAGCAGGAGGAGGCUGGUGGGUCUACAGAGCAGGAGGACGGCGCCCCCACCCCCUUGCAACGGACCGGCUCCCCGAAACUGCGGCGGCAGGUGCCAGUCCAGCUGCUGCCUGCCAAGACCAAGGUGCUCAAGUCCAAAUCAGAGGCAAACCUUUUGCAGAUGCUGCCAGCCUCCCUGCAGCUGGCCCAGAGCAAGAGCCUCUCUGAACUCUGCCCGGCCAUGUUCCUGCUGGGCUCCCCGCGGACUAAUGGGCCCCAGGGCCACAGACUGGGCAAAGCAGGGCGGGGGGGCGGCGGGGGUGGCAGCAGCAGCAGCAACAGCAGCACCUCGGAGCUGUCUGAGGCCGAGGAGGGUUCGCCAGCCGGGCUCUGCGUUUCCCCAGCGUUGCCCGCCGCCUCUGCGGGGCUGCAAGCGCCUUGCUGGCUGGGCAGAGAGUGCCGGGGAGAGGAGCUGCCUGCCGCCCGCCGGACUCUGUCGGACCCGCAGGCGAGCCAGCACCGCAAGCUGACGCUGGCGCAGCUCUACCGGAUCCGAACCACGCUGCUGCUCAACUCCACGCUCACUGCCUCGGAAGUAUGAAGACAUCAGAGAAGCGCAAACCACGAGCGGGAGAUGCCGUGCCCAGCGCCGGGAGUUCCACAUCACCCUUAAGUUAUGCAGCGUCCCCAGCCUUUGGCAUCGGAACCCCUUGCCCGCUCCUUGGGUGGUGGUGGUGCCCUGCUGACCCGGAAGGACACAGGCACGAGGGCGAGGGGCACCAUCCUGCGAGCAGAGUCCAUGCCGCACGGGACGAAGCAGCUGCGUGCGUCGAUGUGUGUGUGUCCGGGGUCCAUGCAUAUGUGGCAACUGUUGGGUUUGAGUGUGCAAGAGGCCGCCUGGCGGUGGAUACGAGAGACAGCCACACCUGCUGAUGGCUCUUGGCGGAUGCACGGACCUCCCAGGACCACAUUUCCUUGCCCUCUCCUGCUUCACCCAGAUUCUGGGUGGGGGGGGGGAGUAAGAGGCAGACGGAGUGUACUCCUUUUGACAAAGACCUUGGGGGGGGGCAGUGGGGAGGGAUCUUUCCCAAACAAUGCACUUAGGACUGUUAUCUCGUACCAUGCCCAGAUGCCUGGGCAUUAACACUAUUGUGGGAUGCUUCCAACCUAAUGCCCUCCCUCUGUCCCGCUAAUUAACGGAGAAGUUCUCCCUGUGCAAAACUCCUUGAAAGAGCGAGAGUUUAUGCCUGCUGUGCUGGUACAGCCCUGCUGUUAGAUGGCGGGGGGUAUUGUCCCAUUGCCCGUGUUGAAAUAAGAUUUGACUGCUAGCAGCCAACUGAUUUUGUCUGGCCCUGGGGGUCAGAUGAAUCUCUGUCUCUCACUUUGCUUCUGCCCCCCUGUGGGUGCCUUCCCUUGCCUCUUGGUCUGGGCAUGUGCAGAAUGGCCAGAUCAAGGAAGCUAAUCCAGAUGGCAACGCUGGCUCUUCUUCUGCUCUGUCUCCGUUGCUGCAGACAAGUCUACUGUGGAGACCUCUGCAGCGAGGCCACGAUCCCAGGUGCAGUUGUAGGGUGUGGGGAGGGGGGGGCAUUCUGUGUGGAUCUGUCCUAUUGAGAAGGUCCUUCUGCCUUGACAACAUGGUUUGUCUGAUGAGUGAAAUGGCGUGCAUGGCUGCUAUCUUCUGCAAAGGGCGCCCAGGAUGCUUUCCCUGGUGAGGGCAUGUCAAUGGUUGACGUUGCUCUCUGGUUGCGCCCAGGAAAGCCACCCACCAAGGGAGUCCUGCCAACCUGCUGGCGAUAGCCCACAUUGGUUCCGACGCCCCAUAUCCUGUGCACGCUGCAACAUUUGCCCUGGCUUUGCACCCGUGUCCUGAUUCCACCUGAGGGAGGAGCUGCCUUGCAGGGGAACAAAGAAGGAAGCAGAAUGUCGGGAAGGAGCAGAGAAGUGGGAGGUCUGGGGGAUGUGCUGGGAAAUCCAGGUUCUAGAGUUAGGGGGAGGAGUUGCUGGGGGAGGGCGAAGUGAUGAGGAAUGGCAGUGCAAAGUGGGCAGCCGGACAGGUGGAGGCCGAGUGUCCCACAUAGACAGACGGCAGAGCCAGGAAGUUGGGAAUACGAGAGACUGGGGAUGGAGCAGAAGGUUCGGGGCCUGCACUGCUUGCCCUUCUCAAAAGAGGCUGUGCUGUCUCUGCAGGGAUGUUGGCUUAAGGACUCGGGGCAUAGGGGACCCCUGGGCAAAUGAUGAGGGUAGCAGACUGGGGUCCCACCACCCCUGCACUUUGCAACCCUGCUGUCCUUUAUUGGGAAACGUGGAGGCGAAAGGGCCCCUUCUCUCCUCCCCCCAAGUGAAUCCCCGCUGUGCUGAGCUCUCUUCCUUUGCCCUGGUGGCAAAUUGGGGCACCUGCCCCGUCCUUCCCUUCCAAUUCCUUUCACCUCCCUCUGGCAAUAAUAAGCUUGCAGACCUCCCAGUUUGAUGGGGACCCUGCUUGCUUUGUUCUCUACGGGGAAAACCCAAAGCACAGAUUGUCGUACUCCUUUUCUGGGAGCGGGGGGUGGGUGUCUGUCGAGAGCUUCCUGCUCUUUAUACCCGUAAUAAGUUGGCAUUGGGGGCUACUCUAUGUGGAGCAGAGACUGCGAGGGGGAACUGAGGGAGGACCCCCCCACACACAGUCCAUUUCCCUGUGCAUGAUUUAGCCGGCUGGUGUAUUUUUUUUUUUUUCUGCGUGUGUGUUUUCAAGUUGCCUAUUUAUUAAGCUUAACUCUUUCCCUAGCACCCACCUCAAACCCCCCGCCCCCCAAGCGAGGCAUUCCCAAGGCCAGUUCCUUUUAUACCACUUUAUGUAUUGACGGUCGUGACCCCCCCCCUCCACCCUUGUUCUUCCUGAUAUCGGGCAGAUAUGUUGGUUUCGGCCGUCCCUCUAAUGCUAAUAUCCCUCGCUCAGUGCUGUCAGUGUCACAGAUAAACCAUUAAACAUAACACAGAUCUCUGA